ACGUGGAUGCUGGCACCAGACAUUUCCAUCACAUAGCAGAUCCUGCAGAUGACACUGGCUGUUGUUGAUAUGUUGCUGUUUUGGAAAUCUUUCACCAUCACUUACUAGCACUGAUAGAAGGUGUUGCUGUAGAUCAUGGUAAUAACAUACUGAGACGGUGAGAGUAGCCGGGGAUCGAAGAAGUCGCUUUGCGAUCGUGCGAUUCUGGCUUAGUGCGCUGUGUGAAUGGACGAACUGACAUUGCAGUUUGGAUUUACAGUAGAUUUUUGAAGGUCGCGGCAUCAGUCAUUGGGAUUUUGGAUGGAAUAGAACUAAAAUAAUUACUUAGAAGUUAGUUGCUAGUUACUGAUGUAGUUGGCUGAAACUGCGUUGAAGUCUGCAGUUUGUUUGUAGCUGAUUGACCAGACAGUGGCAGUAGGAACUACACUGCACGGUACGCGGUUCACAUCGCGAUGGUGCAGGAGUUUUCUGCGUUUCGGGAUGUUCCCUUUCCCACGCAAUACGGCCCGAACCGCAGCGCGGUGACGGUGGAUGUGCUCGAAGCAGGCCUUGUAGCAGCCGUGCUCAUUCUCGUGUUCAGCUUACUGCUGGUACUGCCAGGAGUGAAGGGUUUACGUCAGGGCAUUUCACUGACGAUACGAAUAGGAUUCGCCCUGUUUGUCGCCUCGGUCAUUCUGGUAUGCAACUUCAGCUAUGAGUGGCAGGUGGGUCACGUGAAGGGCGACUUGCAGUACAAGCAGUUCACAUCGCAGCAUGUGCACGCCGAGCUGGGCAUCCGACUGGGCUUGCGCGGCAUCAACAUCACUUUGAAAGGCGAGCCAGAUCGGCAAGUCACCUUCAACAACGCAACAGAGACUAUUGACUACAAUGAGCACUUUACCUUUGGCUGGGAUCAGAAUCUCAAUGGAUUCGGUCCUAAUGCUGCACAACUCAAUCAGGAAUUCCGACAGGCUCAGCGGCGGGGUGCGCCGCUGCCCAUUCUCUCGGUGGUUGAGUACUUUGCACUGGACGGCGAGUCGAUUCGCUGGGGCCGACUCUACCGGCAGGCUGGCUACUACACGCACGUACUGAUGUGGCUUGCCCUGCCACUGUGGAUACUGUGUUGCUUCCUGUCAACAUAUCUCAGCUUGCUCUACGGUGCAAUCUGCCUGAUGCUGACGGGAGCCUGCCUGCUGUGGGCGUGCGUCGUCUUCAUUGGCGUUCACACGAUCGAGUCGCGCCUGGUGAUACCCAUCGACGAGAACCAGCAGCUGACGCUGUCGUACGGCUGGGGGUUCAUCCUCAGCUUGACAACCGGCUUACUGUGCAUGAUCGUGGGACUGGUACUGACGAUCGUUGUGUGCUACCAGCCACUGUGGGCGGCGAGAGUCUUUGGCACAAGCUUGUUAGAGGUGGACGAUGAAGGCGAAGAAGAGGACGCGCAGGAUGACGACGAAACACAUGACUAUGAGCACAUUCGACCGCGGCUGCUGACCUUCGUUGCCGGUGCACCAACGCGUCCCACCAAGCCGAGCAACGGCGAAGUCACCAGCCCGGGCGCCUUUUCGAGGUCGAGUUUCCGCAGCAGCUUCCGCCGGCGUCACCUCACGCGCCAGCCGUCGACGCUAUCCGGCACGUCGGCAAACAGUCAGACUGCUGCACCGCGCGUACUGCCCCGGCAGUGGCGACGACCGCGGCCAACAUCCAGCUUGUCAAUGUCUGUUGUACAGUCAGCCUUCACUGGUGAGCUCAGACCGGUGUCUUCAUCCAAUCUCAGCCAGGCAAACAUCAACAACGAAAACUCCGGAGCAGGUGUUACUGGUGCAGCAGCAGCAGCAGAAGGCACACCAGUUGCAGAGCCCGGCACCAGUGCUCAGUCACAGCCACAGCAGCAGCAGCAGACGACACAGCAGCUGCAGCAGCAGCAACAGCAGGCGACGAUCAUACUGUACAACGCGGUCGAGGUGCCACGCCGACCCAACACUGCAUCGGGCAUGCGCCCCACGCCGGCCAAGCGCACCGCCGUGCCACAGCCGCCGGCCAGAACCGUGUCACGUCUCAACACGGGCACCAGCCUCAUGCACACGGAGGGUGUAUCGUACACUACCGGUGACAUUGGGGAAUGCACACUGUAGUGUAGUGUGCAACACCAUGCUAACACAGGCAUGCAAGCAACACGCUAGCACAGUCCUACAGUACAUGCACUUGUACAUCAAUACAGUGCAUCAAUAUUGUUAUGUAUGAAGCUUGCUAUUAUGUGCAUACACUUCAAAGCAUUGCAACAAUACUUUCAACCUGUCUGCCAGUGAAUUCUAUCCGUUUUACGUACCUCUCCUAAUAGUAACAAGGAUCGAUAUAUCUGCGCUACAUCAAGCUAUUGACAAAUUGCAUUAUCUGAAAUUAUCCCACCGCUAUCAUCCGACAUCACUCCUACUAACGCACUGCACGUAGUGUGUCAUUCAAGAGAUUUUGAGACGCACCCAUUGUGUACGAACACAAGAUUUCCACUUGUUUGCUUGAUUUUUUCCUAACUUAUCACAAGCGUAGCACAACUAUUGUUUGUAUCUUCUUUUCUCGUCUAAGCGAGUCCUUUUUUUGCCAAAAAAAAGAGGAACCACA